UCAAAAUAUUUAGUCAAACAUGAACAUUUGACAUAAACUCUCGUGUAAUUCGGCUUUACUCUUCUUAUUCACCGAUAUCUAUAUUUUGUACAUUUUACUUCCAAGUGGUUUACUUAUAUUCACAGAACAAAACAGUACCUAUAUUAACACCUACCAUCAAUCUGAUUCUACGGUCAAUCCAGUAAGAUUAUGCUAGUCAAACAUAAGUGAAAGCGAAAUUUUCGUAAAUUAACAAGAAGUGGAUAAUCAAUUCUAGCACAGAGAAAUUUGUUCUAGCUUUAAAAGAAUGUCUACGACUUACUAUGAUUAUUAUGAUGGCAGUAAAAUAUUUCUAUUUGUUUCAAAUAGAAUUGGUCUUCCUAUAGAUCUUGUAAAUUUUUUGAUAGCACAAAUAGCUGCACUAUGCCUGGCCAGACUGUUUCGGAAACCAUUGAAACUUGCUUCACCAGAGUUUCGUCAUUCUGUGUGCCUUGUUAUAGGUUUGAUAAUGGGAUAUUUCUGCUUUGGAAAACAAGCAAUACAUUUAUCAGUUCUGCCUAUGUUAAGUUACACAUUGCUCAAGACUGUACCGCAACAUCUUAUGGGAAAUGUAAUACUGGCUGUAUCUAUGUUAUAUUUGUCUUGUUUACAUCUACACCGACAAAUAUACCACACUGCAGACUAUACGUUAGAUAUUACCGGUCCUCUAAUGGUGAUAACACAACGAGUAACGUCAUUGGCAUAUUCAUUACAAGAUAGCUUAACUAAGAAGGAAAUUAAUUCUAAUUCAACGAGUUGUUCAACGGAAAAAUCUGUGGUCGAGAAGACUCCUUCGCCUCUCGAAUAUUUUGCUUACACUUUGGCCUUCCAAACAUUGAUGUGCGGCCCUGUCGUAUUCUAUUCGGAUUACAUCAAUUUUAUAGAAGGCACCUGUGUUGAAGGGGUUGGAAAGGAUAAAAGUAGUACGGAACCUUCACCUCGUCGAGCUGUAAUAUACAAGGUGGGAGGAUCCGUGGCUGCUGCAGUGCUCUACCUGACGCUGGCGAAGAAAUACCCAUUAACAGUAUUAGAAGAGCUAACCGAUCCAACUUCUGAGGUGUCUCGGUCGUGGUCCGCAGUGUAUUUGCUGUGGUAUGCAUACUUGUCGACUUUAGUAGUUCGCUGCAAAUACUACCACGCGUGGCUGCUCUCCGAGGCCAUCUGUAACAACUCCGGCAUGGGCUUCAAUGGCUACGAUAACGACGGCACACCCAAAUGGGACAAAAUGUCCAAUAUUGAUGUGUUUGGAUUUGAGUUGGCGCAAAACUUCCGUACGGCAGUAGCGAGUUGGAACAAAAACACUAACGCAUGGCUACGCGGCGUGGCAUACUCGCGCGGCGGGGCUGCUUUUCGUACAGCGCGGGUAUACAUGCUAUCCGCUGUGUGGCACGGUUUCUACCCUGGCUACUACAUGACCUUCUUCGCCGGUGGAAUCUUCACGGUCGCCGCCAGGAACGUACGAACAGUGGUCCGCCCCAUGUUCCUGGAAAGUCGCCCUAAGAAGAUUUUCUAUGAUCUACUCACAUUCAUAACAACACGUGUUGCAAUGACGUAUGCCACGGUGCCAUUUAUUCUUCUACAUCUUGGACCUAGUCUCGCUUUCUAUGGGAAACUGUAUUAUUCAUUGCAUUUCAUUGCCUUAGGUGCAAUGCUACUGCCAUCGUCGAAAAGGCGCUCUCCUAGUGCCGCACAAUCAAACCAUGAGCUUCCACAAUUAUCUUCCAAAUCAAACAAAGAUAAUUUUUCUAUACAUGAAAUGAAUGGAGAUAGCAAUGGUAAUCUGAAAAUAUCUUAAUUGUGUAUUACAUUACGUUAUUGUAUAAGAAAAAUAUUUUUAACACACAAGUUGGAGGUGUAUUGAUAUCUGCAAUCUUUUUAAGUUAACGGGUGCCUACCCCAUUUCUACUCACUUUCAACAUAAUUGAUUUUCGAACUAUUGUCGCCAUAUUAUUAUAAUUCAUUCCUUUUUUCCUCGUAAACGAAUAUGCAUUUGAUAACUUAAAAUUUAAAUCAAAAAGCACAAAGAAUAAAUUAUAAAUGUUAUGUUUAGGAAAAUAAAACCUUGGUUAUUUUAGUAAAAAAAAAAAAAGAAUAGCAGUUAAACACUCCUUUCAUUAUGUCCAGUAAGUGAGCACAUUCCAUAUGGAAAUUAAGAAAACUUGAAACAAAACGUAACUCUUGGAAUGAAUUGAAACAUUCCAAUUUUACACAUUUUGAUAUUAAUGAGUGCUUGUUUUACCGGCGUAAUAUUCAUAGACCAGUAUUAUAUAUUUAUAUAAACACAAGUAUUUUAGCGUUUGCUAUAACCAUUUUGUCUUUAUACCAGUUUAAAAAAAUCUUAAAUAGUUAAACUAUUUAAGAUUUUUUUUACACCCUUUCCUACAAAUGUUCAUUGAUUAUCUUCAAAUUGAAGGUACAUUAGAAAAAGAUAUUUAUAUAGCCAUUGCAAAAUAUCUCGUAAUGUCAGACCCGUUAGGCCUGUGUAAAUACCUUUAACUCGUUAAAUUACAUAUGAAAGAGCACUUAAGAGUUGCGUAGGCGAUGAACAUUUGUCCGCCGAGGAUAAAAUUUUCCCUUUUGUGCAGCUAACAUUGUAAUCUGUGCACUAGCGCGGACAUAUGUAUGUCGUAGCAUGCAUGUGUUCUAUUAUGACAGAUAAAAAUAUACGGCGAUGAUCGUCCGUUGUUUACAUUAGGCCUUUAUUGUGAUGAAUUUUUACAUUUUUUUAUCGCAGAAUAAGAAAAAAUAUACAUUAUUCACGAAAAGCCUUAUACCUAUCUUCCAAUUGUGCAUCGCGGCGUUAAUCGCGGUAGUAAAAACAAACAUGGUCUGCCCGAUCAUACAUAGUUACCGUAGUCUAACACAUGGACAUAAAGUUUCAAAGCUUCAGCCAGUGACCAAUCUUAGUAAUGCAUGCUGUUUGCAUUACGAAUUUAUUUGUAUAUUUUAAAGACUUAGGUAUGUGGCAUAGUAGUGCUUACAUUAUGUGAAUGAAAUCGCAUUUUGGGUUCUGUUUUCGGUUGUGCUAUUUUAAGAAAUUAUUUUUUGUAAACACAAAAUACUUUUAUAUCGUGAGAUUGCUUACUGGCUGUACAAGGCUUUAUAAUAAUAUAUAUAUUUUUUUGUUUUUUUUUUAUGUUAAUGAUCAGUAUUUAAUAUAUUUUUAGAUGCUAUAGUUUACAGUUAACAGUUAUUAUUAUUAUUAAAUGUCUGUAUUACAUAGAGCCUAUAUUUAGGCAAAGCGUAUGUUGAGAAUCUAAGAUGCAGAUACUGCAGCGUAGCAUAAUAUAAAAUGACAGAGCUUAGAAAUCAAUGCACAUAAAUGGUACAUUUCUACAAAUAACAUGUAUCUGCUCAUAGUAUUUGAUAAGCGUCUAUUUUUUGGUUGAUUCAUGAAAAUAAACUCAAAAAGAAAAUUUUGCAUGAAACAAUAAAAAAACAAAUAUACAAGCGUCGCAGUGAGACACGUUGCUUGCGUUCUCAGCAUAUUCUUAGCCUUAUACUUAACAUCCUUUAGUAUUUGACAGUAUUACUUGAUUCGACCAUCCACUGAGCAAACUGUAGAAGAUUUUCAUUUAAUAACAAACCGACUAUAUCAUAGAUACAUAAUGUAUUGUUUAAUACAACAUUGUGAUUUUUAAUAUGUUACCAUUUGGUAACAAUUUUGUCAGUAUAUAAUUGAUAUAUUAUUUAUGGUUGGAUUAAGAUACUGAGUAAAUUAUUCGCAUGUAACAUUUUAUCUAAUAAAAAUAGUGUCGACAUUAUCACAUAUCAUAAAAAUGUAAAGAAAUAUGAUAAAAUCAGUUUUGUUAUUAAAUUAUAGUUUAACAUAAAAAUAAGACAUCUCGAACAACUUUCUAGUUAUAACGCACAAAAACUAACGUAUCAUUUAAGUUUAUAUUUUAAGGUGCAUCCAGGUUUCAGUUGAUUUGACAAAAUUAUGAUGUUUUAUAAUUUACAAUAACAAAGAAUUAACAUCCUACUGCUGGACAAAAUACUCCAUAAGAGGAAAGUAGCCUACUAAUAGCAAUCUGGGGAAGCGGCUUGGGAUAUUGCUUCGAGAUUUUCUCUUGUACUUGUGUAUCACUUGUCAAAUGGGAGUAGAAAAGGAGUGAUGACACAUUUCCUACUUUAUCAACAAAACGGGGGUCAGUUACCAACGAAAUUGGCGAAUUGAAUAUUCUCUUGGUUAAUUAUUAGAAAAAUGUAAAUAGUUUAGAAAAAAAAAAAAAAUAGAAACUUCUUAGAAAUACAGAAUUUUAGACAAGUAACAUCCGUUAGUAACAAGUGAGAGUAAUAUCCCAAUUUUCUCAAUGGACUAAAUCACUUUACAGUGAUAUUAAGGCAAUUUUUAUGCUUGCUAAUUUAAUUAAUUGUUAUUGUAGAUAUAAUGACACUAAUGAUUUAAAACACUAUUCAAACGCAACCCUAAAACGUUUUUCCCUAUUUAUUUUAUUUACAUAUUAUGUAACAAGGGUAGGUACGAGUCGGUAAAUUAAGUGCCUGUUCUACGAGUUGCAAAUAAAUUCUCUGAUAAAAAAAAUGUUGAUCCUAUGUGGGCUUUUGUAAUUUUUAUGUUUAAUUUUCCGAUUUAUGUAUUACAAAUUGUUUAGUUGAUACAUUUUUACCCAGUGGAGUUUUAUAGGGUUAAAAUGUAUUAUGCAAACAAGUUAAUAUCAUUUGUCAAGAGGUGGUAUGCUUUUAAUCUAAAAAAAAAAAAAACUUAUUAACAAGAACUAUUCUGUUGAAUCGUGGUAGAAACAUGUACAAGAUAUCAUGGCGGACGAUAUACCCAAAUUAUAUAAUUACCUAAGCAUACUUUUAUACUCCUAAGAAGAUCAGACAAUUCUAGUUUCAUAUCUAUACUUUGAAUUCAUAUAUAAACUUUGUUAUAUAAAAGUAUUACUAAUAUACAAUAAAGUGAAAUAAGUAAAAAUUUUAGACAUGAUUACAUAUUUGUUGAUAAUACAAAGUAAUUACUAAGAGCCUAUUUUUUCGUAAUCGUAACCAUAAAUGAAAAUAUUUUUGAAUAACAUAAUUGUGAAAAGAUUAACCAUAUACAUUAUAAAAUAUUUCUACUAAUAAGAAACCUAGAAAAUGCAUCAAAGUACCUGAUUUGAAAAUUUUAAUGUUUAUUAUUGUUGUAUACAAAUGAUUAUCAUAAUUAUUUGCAUUUUCCUUCAAAGUUACCAAAAUGACACCUGUAUCAAACUGAUACCCACCUAAAGCCUAUUAUAACAAAUUAAACAGAAUCUAAAUCUCUUCCAAUAUAAUUUCUAUGUAAUUAUAUAGAUAUUUUCCUCUGUGUAGAUAGAUAUUCUAAAAUCUCUAAACUGCUUUAAACCCGCCCUUAUGCACACCUACCCUCUUUUCCCCCCUCUUGAAAUUGUUUUUUUUUUUUUUUUUUAUUUUAAAAUAGCGAAAGUGCCAUUCGUUUUAUAGAUAGCAAUUAUUAUUUAUGAACUCCAGAUUGGCAGUUUAAAAUCCAUAAAAAUUAAAUUAUAUUUCGACUCCUCGUCUAGUUAGGACGUAUAAUGUGUAGUUAGCUGCUAUAGUCUACACUAUGAUACAUCACAGUUGAUAUUUUAUCUGAAGAAAUGUUAAAAAAAAAAUGUAAUACACACGUUAUGUCAAUCUCAUAUUUGCAUAAAACAGUCAUCUUAAUAAAUUUUAAAUUGUGUGUAAAGUUAUAAUUGAUUGGAUAAUUAAGAAAAAAAUACAUGCUAAGAUUGUUACUGUAUAUGAAAGUAUAAAUAUGUAUAUUAAAUAAUUAAAUUUCUAUUUUUACUGAGAUGACAAAUUAAUAAAUAAAAAUAUGUACACGAGUAGACAAUCGAAAAGGAUAGUUGAUUCCAGUGUGUGGGCAUGGAAUUUAAAAGUAGAAACUAUAAAGAAGGAGUUUGAAAACUUAAUCAUGAAAACGGGUUUUGUUGUUAUAUUACUAAUUUAUACUUUAAUAUAUACUUUGAGUAUCAAUUUUUUUACUUUAUAAUAACCAUCUAAUUCUAGCUAAAUAUCGAAAAACAUUUGCCAGCAUUAUAAUAAGAAUAGACUGGGUAAACGUAACACUCGUGUACUUUAUGAUAUACUUCACAGUGUGACCAAAAUGCAUUCUUCUUCCCUUUAGAUUCUGCAUAGGUUAAAAAAGUUGUCAUAAAAUACGCAUUUAAUACAUAAUUUUACGAGAUGAGAUACCGUACACGACACUUGUGCGGCGUAAACGAGUCACAUCUUGUCACUGCGGUGUCUGUUGCUUGCGAGCUUAAUUUAGCUAUUAAUUAAUAGGAAACCGUCAACAUGCCAAUUGUUAUUAUUAUUGAAAUUACGGAAAUGUCAGUUCUACUUGGAUUGAUUCUUAUGGAUACAUUAUUAUUUUCGAAAGGGUUUGGUAUGGAUAGCAAGUUAUAACAUGUGAAAUAUUUACCUCGUCUAUCUAUUAUUAUUACAUGUUGUUUGGUUGUGCCUUAAAUAGCUAAUUUUUACAUGAGUGAUGGAAAUAAAACUACUCAAAUGCAUAAUAAACAGGCACUUUCUUAACCUUACAGUUUCAAUUUGCAAAACUAUUUAUUUUCUGUUAUUCUUUAUUACAAUAAUAUAAUGGUUUUAUGGUUGUAAUACCUAUUUAUCUAAUUAUUGCUUGAACCCGAUUAUUUAAUAGUUUACAUUUUUAAUUUAUUGUAUAUUAUUUUGUUAGAGCAGAGGUCUGUUUUAGUUACAUUAUCAGAUGUAGGUACUAUGGUUAUGUCAUACUAAAAUGUCAAUGGUUUCUAUGUAUCAACUUGGCUAAUAAUGAUGCCAAAGUAGGGAUAUAAUUAUAAAUUAACAAAGUAUAAUAGUAAAUAUUAUGUAACUUUUUAAACUGAUAAAUUUAGGAUGAGAGGAAAGAUAUUACCUCAAUAUGGAAUUGUAUAAUUUUGUUAACAUUUAAGUAAUAUAAGUAUUUUACAUGGUUGCAAAUAAAUUUACAUAUAUUUUAAUAUA